AUGUACAAAGUCCAUAGACCAAGCCUCAGAAUUUGCUAUGAAGACUUAGGUCCUCUCAAUUAUUUCUUGGGUAUUGUUGUUUCUCGAAAUUCUAUAGGUCUCUUUCUUUCUCAACACAAAUAUGAUACUGAGAUACUUGAUAAAGCCAACAUGUCUCAAUGCAAACCUACUUCUACUCCUGUUCAUACUUCUGGGAAACUUUGUACUGAUGCUAGUUCUCCUUAUGAUGGUCCUACUCUAUAUCGUAGCUUGGCUGGGGCUUUGCAGUAUCUCACUUUUACCCGUCCGGAUAUCUCUUUUGCGGUUCAACAUAUGCAUAAUCCUCGGGUUGAACAUAUGAUUGCUCUUCAUCUCAUUCUUCGGUAUGUCAAGGGUACUAUUGAUCACGGUCUCCAACUAUAUAUGUUCCCCAUCUCCUCUCUUUUAUCAUACACUGACGCUGAUUGGGGUGGUUGUCCUGACACCCGUCGCUCUACUUCUGGUUACUAUGUCUUUCUCGGUGAUAAUUUGAUCACUUGGUCCGCUAAGCGACAAACCACGGUUUCUAAGUCCAAUACGGAGGCCGAAUAUCGUGGUGUCGCUAAUGUUGUGUCUAAAACUUGUUGA